CAAAACCACUCUGCCUGUCCAUUUCCUGCUUCUUUUUCCCCAACGACCAAGCGAAAUCCACUUCUUCACCACCAAAGCCUCUGCUGAUUGUCGCCUUUGCGAAUCUACAACCGCCUUACCGUCUACUCUAAUAUCUAACCAGAACUUCACAACACCGCCAAAAUGGGCCACGAGGAUGCUGUUUACCUUGCCAAGCUCGCCGAGCAGGCCGAGCGCUACGAGGAGAUGGUGGAGAACAUGAAGAUCGUCGCUUCUGAGGACCGUGAUCUCACCGUUGAGGAGCGCAACCUCCUUUCCGUCGCCUACAAGAACGUCAUCGGUGCCCGCCGUGCCUCGUGGAGAAUCGUCACCUCUAUCGAGCAGAAGGAGGAGUCCAAGGGCAACUCUACCCAGGUCAGCCUCAUCAAGGAGUACCGCCAGAAGAUUGAGAGCGAGCUUGCCAAGAUCUGCGAGGACAUCCUCUCCGUUCUUGACCAGCACCUCAUUCCUUCCGCCACCACUGGCGAGUCCAAGGUCUUCUACCACAAGAUGAAGGGUGACUACCACCGUUACCUCGCCGAGUUCGCCGUUGGUGACAAGCGCAAGGACUCCGCCGACAAGUCGCUCGACGCCUACAAGAACGCUACCGACGUUGCCCAGACCGAGCUUCCUCCCACUCACCCCAUCCGCCUCGGCCUUGCCCUCAACUUCUCCGUCUUCUACUACGAGAUUCUCAACGCUCCUGACCAGGCUUGCCACCUCGCCAAGCAGGCCUUCGAUGACGCUAUUGCCGAGCUCGACACAUUGAGUGAGGAGAGCUACAAGGACUCCACCCUCAUCAUGCAGCUCCUCCGCGACAACCUUACUCUCUGGACCUCUUCCGAGGCCGAGGCGCCCGCCGCUCAGGGUGAGGCUGCCCCCGAAGAGCCCAAGGCUGACGCCCCUGCGGCGGAGGAGCCCAAGGCCGAGUAAAGAGGUGGCGGAUACGUUUCCUUUUUAGUCUCAUGAUGUGAUAAUUCCCUGGCAGAAAUCUUGGCAAGUCCACGGUGGAAAUGGUGUCUUUGGAGUGUCGGAAUGGAGAUCCCCCAAAUACUUUUGCAUGUUUUACGCAGAUACACAACACAGCAAUCCAAGAAUAAGUGGACGAUUCCCCCAAUAUGAAAGAGGAUUAGAAGGUGGCAGAGCAGAGCACCUUGGAGGUUUUCCUUUUUUGUCUCGGUAUCGUCUUGUCUUUUAGACUAGUACGCUGGGCAGUCGUGACCACAACACAAACCCAAAAUCUACCCCCUUUUUUCGAGCAAGAUCUCGAGCAGAC